AUGGGUGGUACAAUAUCAGAUAUAGUUAAAGUUGUUGAUGAUGCUGUUAAACAAAUAAUAUUACAAAUUGAUCCAUCAAUAAUUAAAUUUAAAAAUACAACAUUAACAAUUCUUGAUAAUAUUGAAUCAAAAUUUCAAACAAAUAGUUCUCAAGCAUUAUCAUUAUUACGUCAAAAUCUUCUUGUUUGGCUUUUUUUAACAUUAAUUUUUUCAAUACUUGUUUUAAUAUUAAUACGUUAUUUAAUUGAUAUAUUACAUAAAUUACAAUUUGGUUUAUUAACACGUCAAUAUUCAACAUUAUUUGUAUUAACAAUAAUUAUUUUUUGGAUUUUUUUAUCAUCUAUAUUUGGAAUAUUUAUAAAUGAAGAUAUUAAUUGGUCAACAUUUAAAAUAAUUAUAUUUAGUUUAGUUAGUUCAUCGAUGUUUUUUUUAAUAUUAAUUUGGUUUAGAUUUAUAUUAAUUUAUCAAAAAAGAAUUCGAAAUAAAUUAUUUCUUUUUUUUUGUCAAACUAAUUUAUUAAAAUAUAAUAAUAAUCGUUUACAACAAUCAACUAUGACUUUACAUAUGUUGGCUAUUCAAAAAAAAAAUAUUCAUCAUCAUCAUAUUAAUCAAAUUUAA